AUGGCUGCUCUGGCUUCCAAAACCCAGAGCCAGAAGAUCUUUGAGAAGUUAAGGACGAAGCAGGCGAACAGGACAUGCUUUGACUGUGGGCAAAAUAACCCUACGUGGACCUCAGUACCCUUCGGCAUCUACUUGUGCCUCGACUGCUCUUCGAAUCACCGCAACUUGGGUGUCCACAUCUCCUUUGUGCGCUCCACAAAUCUUGACCGUACGUCCAAGUAUGCGCUCUCAAAACGGACAUCGCUGACCUAUCUAUUAGAAUGGCAAUGGGAUCAACUACGGAUAAUGAAAGUAGGCGGCAAUGAAUCCGCUACCAAGUACUUCCAGUCCAAUGGCGGAACUGCCGCUUUGAACAGCAAAGAUCCUAAGACUAAAUAUACCUCGAACGCGGCUACGAAAUACAAGGACGAGUUGAAGCGACGGGCAGUGAGAGAUGCGACUGAAUAUCCUGGCGAGGUGGUAAUCACAGACGUAAUGAGCAAUGGACCUACCGAUGGCAGUUCCACGCCUGCGGGCAACGCUGAAGACGAUUUCUUUUCCUCCUGGGACAAGCCUUCUAUCAAACGACCAACUCCCCCUAUUUCUCGAACAGCCACACCUCCUGUUGUGGGCCGAACCCCGUCCCCAUUCCUGAAUGCUGGAUCUAAUGGUAACGGCGCCGGUAAUGGUAUUGCAAGAAGUGCUUCACCUCUCGCGAACUCUGAAUCCAAACCUCCAGCAGCCAGUAGGACUACAUCUUCUGCAGCAUUGCGCAAGGGCGCUGCAGCUGGAUCCGGCCCACGCAAAGCCAACGUUUUGGGAGCGAAGAAGACGAAAUUGGGUGCAAAGAAGGUUACAACAGAUGUCAUCGAUUUUGAUGCCGCAGAGCGCAAGGCCAAGGAAGAGGCCGAGAGAAUUGCAAAAUUGGGCUACGAUCCAGACGCCGAAGACGCGGAGUCGAAGAAACCUGCCACUGUCACCAAGACGUCCGAUCUCCCUAAGAUCGCAUCGCCAACUCCAGUUAGCCCGGGCAGAGCUGGAUACGGAUCAGGAAAUCAACACCAGCGUUCUAGCAGUGAAGUGGAGCGAUUGGGAAUGGGUAUGGGCAGACUUGGGUUUGGACAAAUUGGAGGAGGGAAAGCCGCAGCUGCACCAAAGAAGAUGGGUGGCUUUGGAUCAGUUGGACCUAUCAAGGCCACACAAGAAGACGAGGAUGAGAAGUAUGCUCGACAAAAGUUCGGUACCCAGAAGGGUAUAUCAUCAGAUGAAUUCUUCGGCAAAGGCGCCUUCGAUCCUAAUGCGCAAUCCGAAGCCAAGUCAAGACUACAAGGAUUUGAGGGCGCCCAAUCUAUCUCUUCAAACGCAUAUUUCGGACGUGAAGAUGAGCCAGAUGGCGGAGAGGAAUAUGGAGAUUUGGAGACGGCUGCAAAGGACUUUGUGAGGAAGUUUGGGGUCACUGCUGGCGAUGAUUUGGAUAACCUGACUCAGGUUUUGGGCGAGGGCGCAACUAAGCUGCAGGGUGCGAUCAGGAGCUACCUCAAUGGCUAG